UCACUCAAACACACAUCGCUGUGUGCAUAUCAACGCGUGUGUGCAAGACCGAAGGGCGACAUUCUGCAAUUGCCUCUCAUCGUGCCUCCACGACACAAUUUUGUGCAGUAUCAUUGGUUAGAGAUUGAUAGACGACUUGCGGCCUCGGCUUGCAGCCGCCGGCAAUUCCACGUCGACGUUAAAAAUGCGUGCCGCGAGCGGGCGGUUCGCCAGCUCUUCAGCACCUAGCACCACAUCGGUAUCAUGGGGCGUCUCGUCGGCCCGUCACUGCGGUCGUCGACUUGUGGGCCAUCGGUUGUCUAGCGAUGCUGCACGGACUGCCUGCCGUGCCGUGGAUCGGGACCUGGACUGGGAGCCCGACCUCAAGGCGCCGAAGGCCGGGCCGGCGCCGGCUGGGCGCCCCGGCAACAGCUACAUGCCGCCGCCGCCACCCCCGCCGCCGCCCGUUGACAUCAACACCGACAUGCCGUUCCCGUUCCGCAGCCGGCGUGAGAUCGCGCUGACCAUGCUCGGCGGCAGCGCGGCGCUGUGGCUGCUAAACCACAAGGUGCUAGCGCCCAUUGACUCGUUCGGCGAGAAGCCGCCCAUCGACUUCACACUGGCGGGGUACGCGGACCUGAGGCCGGAGGACUUUGUGUAUUUUAAGACGCCGCAAGGGCGGUGGGUGGCGGCGGCGGAGGACGAGCAGGGCCGCUUCUUUAUGAUCGAUGAGGUGGGCGACCUGUACUACGACUCGGGCGACCCGGACAUUGGCCUGUACGCGAUGGACACGCAGGGCAACCUGUUCAACUUUUACCGCGACACGGACGGGCAGCAGAAGAUCACGCCCGUGGGCAACGUGGCCGACCUGAAGAAGUUCAAGAUCGGCGAGAUCGCGGGCAUCAAGCUGGACCGGGACGUCAACGUGGUGGCUUUCCAGGACGGCACCGCUGCGCCGCUGCCGCCCGGCUCCGCCUACGUGGACCCCUACACGGGCGAGGUCAAGGGGCCGGACGAGCUGGUGGAGGGGCUCAACGGCAUGGACAGGUCCUCAUCCCGUCGCGGCCUGUUCGACAACCUGUUUGGCGGCGGGCGGCAGGCGGGCGGCUCGUCGCUGCCGAUCAACCGCUACGAGGUGGACCUGUCCGACCCGCGGGACUACGAGGAGCAGAUGGAGGAGCAGCAGUUCCUGGCCGACCCCGACGACCCCACCGCGCCCAUCCUGCCGCCCGACUUCGACAUCGACGCCCUGGCGAGACAGGUGGAGGCGGAGGCGAGGGCAAAGGGCAUCAAGGGCCGUUGAUGGCUGCACAGCGACAGCAGUGUCGGAUGCAGCAGGUGUUGAGGUGGUCAUCACGGCAGCUUCGUGGUGCGCGACAGACGGCAGCGGCAGGGGCGGAGGCGGAGGCGCGACCGGGGCGGAGGCGCCGCCGGGACGGCGGUGGCACGACCAAACUAGGGCGCCGCGUCUGCAGGGACGGCGCCUGUGGCGGCAGCGUAAGCUGGUGGCGGCAGUCGCCCGCUGAGGUGUGGCGAGGCCGGGGCUGGACACUGAGGGAGUGGGGAGGGAGAGGUCAUGCUGCUUGGCAGCGCCAUCAUGAGCCACCAACACGGUGCCAGGGAAGCGCCAGUCCUUGUUGGGAGUUGGACUCCCGCCCAUGCGGCGGCAGGCGCUUGCAGAGUUCGGGUCCUGGUCACACAUUGAUGAGUCUGACGGCGAGACACACAGGCAUGCUACAUUUUAUGGCGUCGAUAGCAACCACGGCAUGCGGACAACACGACAAUAUUUAACAGCAGGCUGGCACGGACUGUACUGAACUGUAGGUUGAGGGCGCAGUGGGACCAAGCGCACAACGCGCAGGGUGUGGCGUUGUGCUAUGUGAUUAUGAUAAACGGAGAUCUGGUGGAGGUGCGCGGCCAUGUUGCCGACGGGGGGUGCGGGACGUACGGCACACGGCACGGCAGAGGCACGUGUCAACACGCGCGGUAGGCAGUAUGGCAUUUUGGCGGCCGCGACACGUAGCGGUGCAAGGGCGUAUAGGCAGCAUAAGCACAUAGGGGCGAAACGUGAAGGGACUGUCAAACAAAAUGACCCCUAAUAUACCGGUACUCACAUGUUCGGAUAAUGUUGCGCCAGGAUGCGUGAGGCCGUUACUGAGGCCUUGGUGCUUUAGCAAGGUUGUGGACACUUGUGGCGAACUUGGUUGUCGCGCAUGUUGGCCCAUAGUAAGAAUGCGACGUUGCAAGAAGGGACAGUCAGCUCAAGCAAGGGUGCCCAGCACCCAGGUCAGGAGGGAACCAUCUCCGGCCCGAAGGGAAACCGCCCUCCCCCAUAGUAAGGUCACGGCGCGCACAUCUUGGAUCUAGGAUUUUUUGGGGUCUUCUGCAUUUUCAGUGGGAUUCAGCCCAAAAACAUACUGUAAUGUCUGCGUCAC